UGUGCUGCCAUGUCGUCCUCCCUGUCUGUCAGCUCUCAGCUGAAUAAGAUGCUGCGCUCUUACUACCUCGGCCUUUCUCAAGAAGGUGUCUGUAUGGUCACCUAUAUUUGGAUCGAUGGUUCUGGGGAAGGCCUCCGGAGCAAAACUAGAACCUUGCAAUCUGAACCUAGCAGCAUUGAGGAUAUUCCAGAGUGGAACUUUGAUGGAUCUAGCACAGAUCAGGCUUCGAGCUCUGACAGUGACAUGAUCCUGGCCCCGGUGUGUAUGUUCAGAGACCCUUUUACUCUGGACCCCAACAAACUUGUACUUUGUGAGGUGCUCAAGUCCAACCGCAAACCUGCAGACACCAAUCAUCGUUAUGUCUGUAUGAAGAUCAUGGAGAAGGUAAAGGACUUCUACCCAUGGUUUGGGUUAGAGCAGGAGUAUACUAUAAUGGGUAUAGAUAGACAUCCUUAUGCCUGGCCGUCAAAUGGUUUCCCCAAACCACAGGGUCCAUAUUAUUGUGGUGUGGGUGCAGAUAGGGCCUAUGGCAGAGACAUUGUAGAGAGUCACUAUAAAGCGUGCAUUUAUGCAGGCAUUAAAAUUUCUGGCUCCAAUGCUGAGGUGAAGCCGUCUCAGUGGGAGUUCCAGGUGGGUCCAUGUGAAGGCAUCGCAGCAGGAGAUCAUCUUUGGAUGGCGCGUUUCCUAUUGCACAGGGUUUGUGAAGAUUUUGGUGUAAUUGCCACUCUGGACCCGAAACCCGUCCCAGGAAACUGGAAUGGAGCCGGUUGCCACACAAACUUCAGCACUGAGGCCACUAGAGCAGAAGGAGGGCUGGAGCAUAUUGAGAGGAUCAUCGAAAAAUUACAUGCACAUCACAUCCAGCACAUCCGAGUCUCAGAUCCACAUGGUGGCCAAGACAACCAGAGGAGACUCACAGGUUUACACGAGACCUCCAAUAUUAAUGUAUUCUCAGCUGCAGUAGCUGAUCGUGGAGCCAGUAUCCGCAUUCCCCUGCAGGUUGGCCAGGACAAGCGUGGAUAUUUGGAGGAUCGCCGGCCUGCCGCCAACUGUGACCCAUAUGCUGUGACCGCUGCUAUCGCUCGGACCUGCCUAAUGGAGGAAGAGGAGGAGGAUAGAGAGAGAGAGAGAGAGAGAGAGUUCAUGCAAAAAAAAGAGAGAGAGAGAAAAGAGAGUGCAUGUGGAAGAGAGAGAGAUUGAGAGAGAGGUGGGAACGCUGCAGGUGCGACGUCACACGCAGCCGUCAAAAGCCGCACUCGGAUUAAAGGCGAAUCUCACGCGUUUCGGCUCGCGACCGAGAUCAUGGGCAAGCUGCAGGAAUUUGACAUCUCUUUCAGCCACAACAAAGUGGUCUACAGCCCUGGAGAGACGAUCUCAGGAACGCUGAGGAUCAUCACCGCCAACUCGUUGCAGUACAAGGGUGAGCGGAUCGCUUCUCUCUACUCGGUUCUCACGGUUCCCGAUGGUCAGGAGAUACCAAGCAGGGUGGAGUUCUUCCAAACUGGAUUUUGGGGUUGAAGAUCUUUCCAUGCAUUUGCCCUUCACGUAUUGCAGGAUGCCCAGCUUUCUGUUUCCAUCUUCUCCAAAUGCACAUGAUUCCAUUAAAAUACUAUAUACUAAAAAAAAAAAAAAAAAAAAAAGAAAAACAUGUUUAAGCUUGUCUUUGGAGACCUUUCUGCUUAGUUCUACUUUCUUAUCAGAUCUACUGAGAUCAAAAAAGAAUGGAGUGUGUUUGGUAAAGAAUGCAACCCCACCAGGAUCAUGCAAUUACAGGAAAACAAUCAUAGAGCUAGUGUUACUAUCCUAAAAGUUUCCAGUAACAGUUCCUCCUUUUAUUGGUUUACUCCUUUUUACAGGACAUAGAACAGCAAUUUAUUCUUUCUAACUAAAUCCUUGACUAUUAAUCGUUUUCUAUUUUAUUUUUUUAAUCUGUUUACUGUUACAGUUAAUGUGUGGCUUCCUGUUAUGGCUGUGCAAUAGCUGCUAUCAACAGUGAUUUGGAAAUCAAAUGAGCCUCUUUUUUCUUUAUUUGGAAUUGAGCAAGAUGAAAGAGAGAAAGAGGAAGGGGACAUUUCGUGAAUUGCUCAGUCUCAAAAACAUUCCCAUGUUGGAAAACUUGCAAGAAAUCUGUGACAACUGCACUGGAGACUCGUUUUAUACAUUUAGAAAUGCCAUUUCCUCACAGAAUGCUUCGCCAUUGAAUCCAUGAUGUGUCUUUGCAAAAAAUAAAUAAAUAAAUAAAUAAUAAUAAUAAUAAUAAUAACAGACAGACAGACCGACCGACCGAGACCGACCGACCGACCGACCGACCGACGACCGACCGACCUAUGGGUUUUGUGUUAAGGAUAAUUUAUUGUUAUAUCAUAUAGCUCAAUACCAUUCUAAGUAGAUAGAUAGAUAGAUGAUAGAUAGAUAGAAAGAUAGACAGACAGACAGACAGACAGACAGA